AUGGACAUUAAACAGCGGCUUUUGCAGUCCGAGAAUAAACCAAUCUCUUGCAUUGAGAUGCAUACUUGCGGCGAGCCUACGCGAAUUAUCAUCGACGGAUAUCCUGAUCUUCAUGGCACAUUGCUGGAACAGCGUGCUGAAGCAAAGACCAAAUAUGACCACAUCCGAGAACGAGUCUUGCUGGAGCCUCGUGGGCAUUACGACAUGUAUGGCGCAAUACUUCGAGCGAGGACAGAGCUCACCGUGAGUGGCGAAGCCCAUAUUGGUGUUCUCUUCAUGACCAAUGAUGGCUACUCCACCAUGUGUGGGCAUGCAACCAUCGCUCUGGGACGGUUUCUUGUCGAUACACAUGACCUUCGUAUAUUCCCGAGAAGAAAUGAGAUUAAGUAUGACCCACACACUCGGUAUGCCGUCGUCAACCUCCAUGCCCCAUGUGGGCUCCUCAGGGUGACCGUGCCCACCAACGAAGAUGGUUCCGCCUCAGACCCUCAACGACCUGUCUCCUUUGUAUCCGUCCCAUCUUUUGCUCCCGGCAUCAACACCACAAUCCCCAUACCCACUCAUCUGCGUUGGUCCGAACUGCACGAUGACAGAGCGGAAGUACAGGCAGCCUUCGCGUAUGGCGGGGCAUUCUACUGCAUUGUCAAGGCUACAGAGCUAGGGUUUGCUAAUGGGUUGAAGGCAGUCAACUUGGAAGCAUUGAACUGUGCUACACGGGGUCUCAAGUCAGCCGUAUUGGACAAUCCAAAUCUCACUCACCACUACAAGCAUAGCACGGAGCCUGAGAUGUCCUUUCUAUACGGCGUCAUUGUCACUGACAACAUGAACGUGGAAGAUGAAGCUGUGUCUGGUUCCGAGCUGGGUGUAUGCUACUUUGCUGCCGAAGAAAUCGACCGGUCUCCGACGGGAAGUGGAGUGGCCGCUCGCGCAGCGCUGGCAUAUCGAGAGGACACUCGCGCCGUGAAUCAGUCGUGGGCAUAUCAUUCAUUAGUUUCGAGGCUCGGAAUCGGCCCGCCUUUUAUCGGGACAAUCAUAGGGCCAGCAAUGAACGACAAAAACCCGCGUGAGGAUGAUGGCUCUUCCUCGACUUCUGAAGACAUGGGAGUGAGGGUCAAGGUCGAAGGACAAGCAUACUACACCGGAUUCAGCACCUACUCUGUGGAAAAGGAAGAUCCACUGGGAGACAGUGGGUUUGCUUUCAGAAACCUGAGCGUCUGA